UCUGAAUCCUGGAGAAACCCUAGAGCUGCUCACUCGAGAGUAGCUUCCCAGAGAAAACAAUGGCGAAUAUGCCGAUGGAUAUCGUUAACGACGUGUUCCUCCGUCUCCCUGCUACUACGCUAGUCCGAUGCCGCCUCCUCUCGAAGCCUUGCCUCUCUCUGAUCGACAGUCCCGACUUCGUCGCGUCUCAUCUCAAACGCACGCUAGAAACCGAAGAGCACCUCAUGAUCCUGCUGCUAUCCCAUCGCCUUCUACGUACGAUGUACCUCGACGCACCGGAUAAACUCUCCGACGUCGAUCAUCCUCUGCAAACCGGUGGUUUCACGGAGGUUUUCGGUUCGGUUAACGGUUUGAUCGGUUUAACAAACUCUCCUGUUGAUUUAGCGAUUUUCAAUCCAUCGACUCGCAAAAUCCACCGCUUACCGAUUGAGCCUAUCGAUUUCUCGGAACAGUUCAUCACACGCGAGAAUGUGUUUUACGGAUUAGGUUACGAUUCCGUGAGCGAUGAUUACAAAGUUGUGAGGAUGAUUCAGUCCAAGUACAAAGGCGAUGGAGUCGAGGAAAGCUUUGGUUACGCUCUCGAAAUCAAGGUUUUCAGUUUGAAGAGUAACAGCUGGAAGAGAAUCCAUCUUCUAUUUGAGGUUCAGAUUCUCUUCAUCUACUUUUAUUACGAUCUGCUGUAUCGCCGUGGGAAUGGUGUUCUCGCUAGCAACAGUCUCCACUGGAUUUUGCCUCGAACUGGUGGACAUACUGCGUUCAACACGAUAAUCAGAUUUGAUCUCGCUUCUGAUGAUCUUGGAGUGCUUAGCUUCCCAAACGAUCUUUACUUGGAAGAUGAUAUGGAUAUUGGUGUGCUGGAUGGCUGCCUUUGCUUGAUGUGUUACAGCGAGUCUAGCCAUGUGGGUGUUUGGAUUUUGAGGGAAUAUGAAGGAGAAUGGAGUAAGUUCAUUACGGUGCCGAAACCUGAGACUGUGGUGUCGUUUGAAUCUGUGAGGCCUAUGAUCUAUUCCAAGGACAGGAGCAAAAUUUUGCUGGAGAUAAACAAUGGGAAGCUAAUGUGGUUUGAUUUGGAGAGUAAGGGUUUUGAAACGCUUGGAAUAAAGGGCUGUGAGGGUCCGUGUAAUGCUGAAAUCGUCGUGAGUAGCCUUGUUUUGGGAUGUAAAGGUGAUCCUCGCAGAGCUCAAGAGAAGAAGAUGAUGCUGAAGGGUAACAAAAGGGGAGAUGGUUUCCUGUCCAAGGGAUUCAAGCUCAAGUUCUGAGCAAUGCAGAGGAACUUCAAAGCCCAAACCUUUAUCAAGGUUCAUGGCGUAGGCGGGAGAGGAAAUGGCUUAAAGGCAACUUCAUCAAAUUCGUAUUAGGUUUUAAUACUAAUUAGCUUAACCUAUGUAGAAGGUAUAUUCGGUCCUAAGAGAAGACACUGUGCUUAGGUAACUUCUAUUGAGUAUGGCAUGUUGCAAUAUAACGCUGUAGUUGGCUGCAUAUAUUAAAAAUCUAGUAAAAUUAAA